AUGCAACUGAAGAACAUUCAGAAGCAAAACGAGAAGAUGGAGGCAUUGGGAUUCCUGGUGCUAUACAGUGUGAUGUUCUCACAUUGUGUUCAAGGUUUUACCACACCAGCUCAAGACUCCUGUCGAUACAACUGCGGAUACUACCUGGGAAGCUGUUCCUGCGACUACUCCUGUCAAUACAAUGGCAACUGUUGCUUUGACUACUACUCUCAGUGUUCAUACACUCCAAUUACACCAGAUGUUACUACAGCUCAAGACUCCUGUCGCUACAACUGUGGGAACCACCUAGGAAGAUGUUCCUGUGACUACUCCUGUGAAUCCUAUGGCAACUGUUGCGAUGACUACUACUAUCAAUGUAUAUCCCCUACAGCAGACCCACCCUUUGAUACUACAGCUCAAGAAUCCUGUCGCCACAACUGUGGCUACAACCUGGGAAGCUGUUCCUGCGAGUACUACUGUCAAUCAUACGGCAACUGUUGCUAUGACUACAACUCUCAGUGUCCAUACACUACAAUUACACCAGAUGUUACUACAGGUAAUGAACCAUCUCUGAUAUCAAUUACUAAAACAUCUACAUUAUAUGACAUGAACAUUUCCAGUGAAUUGAAAACCAUCCAGUAA